CUGAUCUGAGCAGCAGCGUCUGGGGAAGCAUGAGCGGAUUCUAAGGCAACAUGGAGAGCUGGCCCUGUUUUCUUCUUCUGUGCCCACUAAGUUUAAUGCUGGUCUCUGGAGAGGAGACGAGAAAUGAUGACAUCGACCUUGCGAGCUUCCUGAGAACGAUCUACCCUGGGCCGCUGGUGAGAGACGAGCCGUUCAUUAUCAACCGACACUUUGAGAUAAACUCCCCCAAGGAGCCGGGACGCCUCCAGGUCCUCUCAAUCCCGGAGCGGACCAAGGACGAGCCAGGCGGUCAGGACACAGAUGGGGCUCCUGGACCUGUAGUGUUAACUAAAGAUGGGCAGAUUAAGGGGGUUACAGUGGAUAAGGCCCAUAUAUUCUAUGGGGUACCAUAUUCAGACCCCCCUGUUGGGGCUUACCGCUGGAAGCCCCCCAGACCUGUGACUCCUUGGCCGGGGGUAUAUGAUGCCUCCUUUCCGAGGGCUGCAUGCAUGCAGGCCUGCAGCGGACCUAUCACUGCGGAGUGUCCUCAUAAAGUCAGCGAGGACUGUCUCUACCUCAACAUCUUCGUGCCUCUGGAUGUGAACUUCCCCUCCCCACUGCAGAGCCCACUGCCCGUCAUGGUGUGGAUCCACGGCGGCGACUUCAUCGCUGGCUCCGCCUCCAAGCCGCUGUAUGACGGUCGCUUCAUCAGUAACUUUACCAACACUAUAGUUGUAGGCAUGGAGUACCGGCUGGGGGCCUUUGGAUUCCUCGUGUCGGGCAAAGACCCUCACACCUCAGCCGCAGGGAAUUAUGGGAUUUUGGACCAGCAGGCAGCUUUCCUCUGGGUCCAGCGGAACAUUGCAGUGUUUGGUGGUGAUCCCAGCAAGGUGACGAUAUUUGGAGAGAGUGCAGGCGCCCAGUCCGUGAGUCUCCACCUGAUGACCCCGAGCAGCAAGCCUCUGUUUGAACAAGCUGUGCUGCAGAGUCUGCCCUUCUCCAUCCCUCUGAAGACCAGACAUGAUGCCCUGAAGCUGGGAAGGGACUUUUCUAAACAGACCAACUGCUCUAUGAGCGACUUCGUCUGCCUGCUCUCUCUCAGUCCACAGACCGUCCUCGCCGCCCAGAUGAAAACAACUUCUAAGAUCGUGAACCCGUUCAGGUUCCUGGAGGUUUUCGAGACGUGGGGUCCGCACAUCGAUGGGGAAUUGAUAAAGGAACAGACCAUCACAGCGUUCCAAAAGGGCCACUGGCAGAAAGAGAAGCCUCUGCUGCUGGGUACGACCUCAGAGGAGGGGGUGAUCUUUGUGUAUGGUGUCUUCAAUAAGCCAGUCUCAGCAGUGGAGGCCACUGUGUACAUUACUGCCAUCUUUAAACAACACACUCUGAGGGUCCUGCACAAGUACCUGCCUCUGUUCAGCGUAGCCGACCGCAGGGACAUGCUGGCUCAGAUCGUUACCGACUAUGUGUUCCUGUGUCCAUCCAGGAGGUCGGCACGUGCCGGCAUUAAAAUGGGCAGUGAGGUGUGGAUGUAUGUGUUCGACCAUGUAGCGUCAGACCAUCGCGUCUGGUCAGGUCUGACGUUUUGCUACCAGCAUGCCUGCCACGGUGCCGAGCUGCCCUUCCUCUUUGACUCAGCCCCAGUGGCCAACUUCACCAUGCUGCCGCAAGAGAAACUGCUGUCCAAUCGGAUGCUGUGCUAUUGGGGCGCCUUCGCCCACACAGGUGACCCUUCCUCGAGAGCUCGACAGAAAACUUUCUGCCGGGAGCAGCGUCUGCCCGUUUGGCCGCGCUAUUCCGACACCAGCGGCUGGCUGGUCAUGAACCUGACAGUGCGUUCACAUGCACAAGUGGGAACCAGGAACCAUAUAUGUGACUUCUGGGACCAACUGGGCAUCUACUAA